ACAAGGCUUUCUUGGUUACAAAAUCUCGCGGCAACAACCGGGUCACAGAGCUGGCCGGACGGACUUACACGUUACCAGAACUCCAUCCGUCAAAGGUAUCGGAUAUGGUUGUGCGCCUUGCGCUCUUGUGUGGCGUCCUCGCCUUCGCCCGAGGGGUCGGGCGAGGAGUUUAUCUUUGGCAAGUUCCCUAAUGAUUUUGUGUGGGGUGCUGCAACAUCGUUUUCAGAUAAAGAUCCUUUCCAAAUGACGUCAUAUGACGAAGCUGAUCAGAACAUUGGAGCUGCCAAGUUUCUUGGGGUUUCACAUUAUCACUUCGCUCUGAAUUGGUCGAGAUUGUUAACGGAGAAGGAUGGACAGAACAGUCCUGGAUUGGAUUAUUAUAAUCACGUGAUCAAUGCUACCAUAGCAGCAGGUAUGACGCCAGUGGUGACGUUACUCUCGGGGGAACUUCCGGUUCACAUACAAGAAGUCGGCGGGUGGCUCAACUCCUCUACAUUACGUCACUUCCGGGACUACGUCAGACUCUGUUUUGAAGCGUUUAGUGACAGGGUUAAUUUCUGGGUUACUGUGCAGGACACACAUUCCGUGAUAACAUCCGCGACUCCUUCAGCAAAGGUCAAGGCUAAUCUGAUGACGUCACAUACCGAGGUGUACAAAAUGUACCACAAUGAGUUUAAGAAAUCGAGGGGAGGUCAAGUAGGUAUAAUUUUAUCUUCUACCUGGUACGAGCCACGUGAACCGCACGUGCCUGAUGACGUUAUGACAGCUUCUUCGUCAUUGGCCAGUCACAUAGGAUAUUUCUUGGAACAGCUCAUGCACAAUGCCGCGAUUGACUUUUUGGGUGUGGAGUACCCGACAACCAACAUGACGUCACGGUUAUCUGUUACCGAAACAGCCGGAAGGUCGAGAGCAACUCAAACAGAAGAGGGCAGUUAUACCCAACAUCUGCGUGAACUACUGACACGGCUAAAGGGGUCCGUCCAAGGACUGCCCAUAUACGUCAUGGCAAGCACAGUUCACACAGACCAUUCUAGCAGUUCUCGGGAUUUGGAGAGAGUGGAUUGGUAUCGUGAUCAAAUCAACGAAAUAUUAAAAGCAAUCACCAUUGAUAACUGUUCGGACGUGAAAGGUUUUUUUGCAACCUUACCUGCCGCUGCACAUGUAGGGAUGGAAAACCGGAAAUCAGACUCCAGUUCGGAAAGAAGUCUGCCGAGAGCUUCCGAAUUAUACAUCCAACAGGUUGUCAAUGACAACGGCUUCACAGAAGGCUACAACAUGAUUGGCGGCAUGGCAACUGGGCAUGUUGCUAAUGAAAACUCCAUGCUAUUCGACAAAUUUCCUGAUGAUUUCCAAUGGGGCGCAUCAACCUCUGCUUACCAAAUUGAAGGAGCAUGGAACGAAGAUGGGCGAGGCCCAACCUUCCUCGACUUUAUUUCCCAGAGCCAUAAUGGUGCCAUUAUAGACAAUUCCACAGGAGAUGUGGCAUGUGACAGUUACCACAAGUAUAUGGACGACAUCAAAAUUUUACAAGAUACAAAGGUAAACACGUAUCGCUUUUCAAUCUCCUGGGGACGAAUUUUUCCGCAUGGUGCCGACCACACUGUUAAUCAGUUGGGUGUCAAUUACUACAACAAGGUCAUCGCUGGCCUCUUAGCCGCUGGAAUCGAACCCAUGGCCACUUUGUAUAAAUAUGAUAUGCCGAUGGAUCUGGUUCAAGCUGGCGGAUGGACGAAUUCAUCUACGAUCGAGCAUUUUAAAGCUUAUGCGAGAGUCUGUUUUCAGGAAUUCGGAGCUAAGGUGAAGACUUGGUUUACAAUCAAUGAACCGUAUGUGAUGAGCCAAAUGGUGUAUGCUAGUGACGGGUCUGGUACGAAGGACUACAUUGCUGCUCACAACAUGCUAUUGGCCCAUGGUAAAACUUACCGCAUGUACGAGAAGGAUUUCAAGCCCACACAAAAUGGUAAAGUAAGCAUAGUGCUUUACUCUGAAUGGAUGGAGCCAAAGCAAGCUGGGAAUCCCUCCGAUAUGGAAGCGUCUGAACGGGCGAUGGAAUUCAAGGUCGGAUGGUUCGCAGAACCAAUAUUCGGCAAUGGAUCAUAUCCCGAUGUGAUGAAAAAACGCGUAGCAGAGGCGAGUCGAGCUCAAAUCCUAAGCGAGUCCAGAUUGCAAGACAUUACGGAUGACGAACGCCUUAUCAUCAAAGGUUCUGCGGACUUCUUCUCAAUGAACAUAUACCGCACGGCACUAGUAACAUCUGCUAAUCCAGCUGAUCUGAAGACGAGAUUUGAAAAAGAUGCUGGAUAUGUUCUCAGCGUUGAUCCAUCCUGGAAAGAAACAUGUGGUGGUAGGAUGUAUACAACUCCAUUGGGCAUGCGCAAGAUGCUGAAUUGGAUUAAACGCAAGUAUGGAGAUAUUCCUAUCUUAAUAACAGAAAAUGGAGCAUGCGAUCAGACUGACGGGAUAGAAGAUCAGGAUCGGAUAGAUUUCCUUCGGGAUUAUACCAAUGAGGUAUUGAAAGCUAUACGACUGGACAAUGUCAGCGUGACUGGAUACCUGGUAUGGAGUAUUAUGGAUACGUUCGAUAUCACCUUCGGCUAUGCCAAUAAAUACGGUUUGUACCACAUCGACUUUAGUGACCCUGAUUUGACCAGGGUUCCCAAACAUUCAGCCUCCUUCUACAGACAGCUGGUUUCGGAGAGCGCAUUCCAACAUGGCUACCCUGGAAUCGGAGGUAGGGGCGUCGCACCUGAGAUGGAGAAUGAGUUCUUCUAUGAUGUUUUUCCUGAGGAUUUUGUUUGGAGUUCAGCAACAGCAGCCUAUCAGGUGGAAGGAGGCUGGGAUGAAGGUGGGCGUGGUCUAUCAAUCUGGGAUGUUUGGGCACAGACCCCAGGGAAAAUUGCAAAUAAUAACAACGGCAAUGUGGCCUGUGACAGUUACCACAAAUACAAGGAAGAUAUACAGCUGCUCAAACACCUCGGGGUUUCCCAUUACCGUUUCUCAAUAUCCUGGCCAAGAGUCUUACCAAACGGCACUGUGGCAAGUGCUAAUCAAGAUGGUAUCGACUACUAUAACAAACUUAUUGACGGUCUUCUGGCGGAGAACAUCCAGCCCAUGAUCACACUCUACCAUUGGGACCUUCCUCAGGCCCUUCAGCUCAAGUACAACGGAUGGCUUAAUGAAUCUAUGAUCGAUAUAUUCUCUGAAUAUGCAGAGUUCUGCUUCCAACAAUUCGGAGACCGGGUAAAAUUCUGGAUCACUUUUAACGAGCCGUGGAUUGUAUCGUGGCUGGGAUAUAGUGUAGCCGUGUUCGCUCCGGGAAUGUAUGGACCUGGGACUAACGCAUACAUUGUUAGUCACCACUUGAUCCUAGCUCACGCCAAAACGUGGCAAAUCUACAACUCCACAUACCGUCAACAGCAAAACGGACAGGUCGGUAUAACUCUGAAUGCUGGCUGGUCGGAGCCCGAGGAUCCAUUCAACCCGUCUCACCUCGAGGCUGCAGAGAGGGCGACCCAGUUCGACUUCGGCUGGUUUGCCAAUCCUCUUGUCCAUGGUGAUUAUCCUGAUGUAAUGAAGUGGCAGGUUGGGAACAAGAGUGUUCUGCAAGGAUUCAACGAGUCGCGACUACCACAGUUCACAGACACAGAAACAAUGAUGAUUAAAGGAGCGACAGAUUUCCUCGGUCUCAAUUUCUACACAUCCGGGCUAGUACAUCCAGAGGAUAGAGACAUCAAUGACAUUAGUUACGAUGCAGACAAAGAUACUGGGGGCUCUACAGACCCAAAAUGGCUAGGGUCAGGGUCAAAUUGGUUAUGGGUGACUCCAUUCGGUAUCCGAAAAAUGUUGAAUUGGAUCAAAAAUCAUUAUGGAGAUUUGCCUGUGUAUGUAACGGAGAAUGGAGUGUCCGAUAGGAACGGGUCCUUGCCAGACGUACACAGAAUUAACUAUUACAGGUCUUACAUUAAUGAAGUGCUCAAAGCUCGGAAGCUUGAUGAAGUAAAUGUGAAGGGUUACACAGCCUGGUCUCUGAUGGACAACUUUGAAUGGGGUAGCGGGUAUGACGAGCGCUUCGGUCUUCACUUCGUCAACUUCACUGAUCCUGAAAGAUCCCGGACACCGAAAGAGUCGGCAUUUUUCUAUUCUCAGGUUAUAAAAGACAAUGGCUUCCGACGAGAGGCAAUGACAGCUCCUGGAGUUAUAAAGACUUACACUUACGAGAAUGAGUUCCUUUACGGGGAGUUUCCUAAGGGUUUCGCUUGGAGUGCGUCCUCAUCAGCUUACCAAGUAGAGGGCGCAUGGAAUGUUUCUGGGCGAGGCGAGAGUACAUGGGAUAAGUAUCUCCACCAACAGGUACCAAGUUCUGGUAAUGCUGAUGUUGCCUGUGACAGCUAUGACCAGUACACGGAAGAUGUCAAAAUGCUCAAACAACUUGAUGUGUCGCACUAUAAGUUUUCUCUAUCUUGGUCUCGGAUCCUUCCCAAUGGUACAAAAGGCAACAAAAAUGACGCGGGCGUGGCAUAUUAUCACCGCCUAAUAGACACCCUAUUGGAGGCCAACAUCCAGCCUGUCAUCACACUCUUCGACAGCGACUUCCCACAGGCACUACAAAACAAUGGAGGAUGGCUUAAUGAGUCAAUGGUCGAUUAUUUUGUCGACUAUGCCAGGAUCUGCUUCCAGGAAUUUGGAGAUAAGGUCAAGAUGUGGUACACAAUUGAUGACCCCCACACAUUUGCAGUAUCUGGAUACGUUGGUGCUACGUCACCUCCGAGCGUGUCUGGAAUAGGCACUGAAGUGUACACAGCCGUCCACAAUCUUAUUAAGGCGCACGCAAAAGCUUACCGAGUGUAUGAUACAGACUUCAGACCCUCACAGAAAGGAAAGAUUGGAAUCACAUUACAUGUAAAAUGGGCCGAGCCAAAACAGACCUAUAACCCGUUCGACGUGCUUGCAUCAGAGCGGUAUUUGGAUUUCAAUCUUGGAUGGUUCGCCGACCCGAUUUUCCUUACCGGACAAUACCCACCAGUGAUGAAAGCACAGAUCAGCAUGAAGAGUAAACUCCAGAACCUUACAAAGAGUCGCUUACCGGAGUUCACGUCUGCGGAACAAGACAUGAUUCGAGGUUCGGCUGACCACAUGGGAGUCAAAUUCUACACGUCACAGCUAAUAAGCAAUUCCAAACAACCACCGUCAACACCAAGUUAUUAUGACGACCAGGAUCUCAAAUCAGAAGUAAAUCAAAGCUGGCCUGAGAGCGGGUCGUCAUGGUUACGCGUGACACCGUUUGGCAUGAGGAAACUGUUAAAUUGGAUAAAAUAUAAGUACCCAGGUGUGCCUGUGUACAUUGCGGACAACGGAGUGUCGGAUAAGGAUGGGUCACUCCAGGAUGACCAUCGUGUCAAUUAUCACAAAGAACACAUCGACGAAGUCCUGAAAGCUAUCAAGCUUGAUGGAUGUGAUGUUAGGGGCUACUCCGUGUCAUCUCUAAUGGAUCAGUUUGAAUGGGGCGCCGGUUACACAGAGAAAUUUGGAGUAUAUCACGUUAACUUCACAGAUCCUCGCCGGACCAGGACACCGAAAUUGUCCGCAAGUUUUAUUCGGAACGUAGUUCGAGCAAAUGGAUUUUACAAGGAUCUGGACCCAUUGCCCUACCAGGACGAAUUUCUGUAUGAAACCUUCCCAGAAGGCUUUGCAUGGAGUGCUGCUACAGCGGCUUAUCAGGUGGAAGGAGGCUGGAACGAAGAUGGUAAGGGAUUAAGUAUAUGGGACACGUUCUCCCAUCAAGGUCACGUGGACAACAAUGAUACUGGCGAUGUAGCAUGUGACAGUUACCAUAAAUACUUGGAUGACGUCCAGCUCCUCAAAGACAUGAAGGUGACACAUUACCGGUUCUCCCUAUCAUGGCCCCGAAUACUACCAGACGGUACCACUCGCCACGUGAACCAGCUGGGCAUAGCUUACUACAACCAGCUGAUCGACGCCCUUAUGGACGCUGGGAUCACACCAAUGGUCACACUGUAUCACUGGGACUUGCCUCAGGCUCUACAGGACCAAGGCGGUGGCUGGCUCAACGCCUCAAUAGCUGACGCCUUUGCCGACUACGCUAGGCUUGCUUUCCGGGAGUUUGGAGAUAGGGUGAAAACGUGGAUCACCCUGAACGAGCCAUGGGUGGUAUCGGUCCAGGGAUACGGGCAGGGAUACAAAGCCCCCGGGAUCGUCAGCCCCGGGGACAAGGUCUACAUCGCUGCCCACAAUCUGAUUAGGGCACACGGCAAGGCGUACAGGGUUUAUGAAAACGAGUUCAAGCAGAAGCAGCAUGGAAAGGUGGGCAUUACCUGCAACUGUGACUGGGAAGUACCCAAAAGUGAGAGUGUUCCAUCCGACAGAGAGGCAGCCGAGCGCGCGCUCCAGUUCCAUUUCGGUUGGUUUAUUAAUCCAGUGUUAAAUAACGGUGACUACCCAGACGUCAUGAAAAUGCAGAUCGCAAACAAAAGUGCUAUACAAAAUCUGACAAAAAGUAGACUGCCAGAGUUUACACCGGAGGAGAAAAAGAAUUUAAAGGGAGCCACGGAUUUCGUAGGAUUAAACUUCUACACUUCCAAUCUUGCGGAAUAUUACCUGGAUGAAACCUAUCCUCGAGAUUACUACUCAGAUAUGGAUGUAAAAAUGUCUAAAGAUCCGUCCUGGCUAGGAUCUGGGUCUUCCUGGCUGACGGUCACUCCGUUUGGAAUCCGCCGAAUGCUGAACUGGAUUAAGGAUCACUAUGGUGACGUCCCGGUUUAUGUGACAGAGAAUGGCGUCUCGGACAGAAACGGCUCCCUGUCUGAUGAUCAUAGAAUCUUCUAUUACAAACACUAUAUCAAUGAAGUUCUCAAGGCUAUCCACGUAGACAAAGUUGACGUACGUGGUUACACCGCUUGGUCCCUGAUGGACAACUUUGAAUGGUCGCGGGGAUACUCCGAGAGAUUUGGUCUUCACUAUGUCGAUUUCACUGACCCAACAAGACCAAGGACGCCCAAGGCCUCAGCCAGUUAUUACCGAAAUCUUAUUGAAGACAAUGGCUUUUACAGAGUAAUACCUACAGUCCCCACAACACCAACUCCGCCUCCUAAAAGAGAGGACCGUGGUGCUUCUGGAACAAGUUCUUCACACCAAAUUUCAUUCCUUCUCAUCACUGGACUCAUUUUAGGACUGUUGACGAGUACUUUGCCAUCUAUUCACCUAGACGAUAUUGACGUGCGUGGGUAUACUGCUUGGUCACUGAUGGACAACUUUGAGUGGUCCAGAGGAUACUCGGAAAGAUUUGGUCUGCACUUUGUCAACUUCAGUGAUCCAACACGUACAAGGAUCCCUAAGGCGUCUGCCAGAUUCUACAGACAACUCAUCCAAAAUAAUGGCUUCUUCGGACCAACCCAAGCUACCAAACCUUCCCUGCCUGGUCGGGGACCCAUGGCACAGGAAAAUGAAUUCGUGUACGGAACAUUCCCAAAAGGAUUUGUCUGGAGUGCAGCAACCGCAGCUUACCAGAUCGAGGGUGGUUGGCAGGCAGAUGGUAAAGGUCCGAGUAUCUGGGACACGUUCUGUCACCAUGGUCACGUUGACAACAAUGAUACAGGUGAUACAGCGUGUGACAGUUACCAUAAGUUCUUGGACGACGUCAAGCUUCUUAAGGACAUGAAGGUGACACACUACCGUUUUUCCCUGUCGUGGCCCCGAAUAUUACCAGACGGUACAACGCGUCACGUGAAUCAGGCCGGAGUGGAUUACUACAACCAGCUGAUCGACGCCCUGUUGGAGGCUCGGAUCACCCCUAUGGUCACACUCUAUCACUGGGACUUGCCUCAGACUCUACAAGAUCAAGAUGGAGGCUGGCUCAACCCCUCAACAGCUAACGCAUUUGCCGACUACGCCAGACUAGCCUUCAAGACGUUCGGAGACAGAGUAAAGAUUUGGAUCACCCUGAACGAGCCUUGGGUGUCGUCCGUAUACGGGUAUGGGUACGGAAGUAUGGCCCCGGGGAUCGUGAGCCCCGGGGACAAUAUUUACAUUGCUGGCCAUAACCUUAUCCGCGCCCACGGGAUGGCUUACAAGGUCUACCAAGAUGAGUUCAGUCAAUCCCAAAACGGGACCGUGGGCAUCACAUUAAAUUGUCACUGGACUGUACCUAAGUCGGAGGGCAGUCGCCUUGACCUUGAGGCCAGCGAGCGCGCUCUACAAUUUUAUCUAGGCUGGUUCGGGCAUCCAAUCAUUAUCGACGGCGAUUACCCGGAUGUCAUGAAAAGUCAGAUUGCAAACAAAAGUGACGCACAAAAUCUUAAACACAGUAGACUUCCAAUAUUUACGGAAGAGGAGAAACAAUAUCUAAAGGGCUCUACGGAUUUCCUUGGACUCAAUUUCUACACCUCAGACGCCACACAGCACUAUGUAUACCCGGCAGUGCCUCGUGAUUAUUUUUCUGACAUGGACGUCAAAAUCUCAAAAGACCCUUCUUGGCUCGGGUCUGGAUCUGAUUGGUUGAAAGUAACACCUACUGCGAUACGCCGGAUGCUGAAUUGGAUAAAGGAUCAGUACAAAGAUGUACCUAUCUAUAUAACGGAAAAUGGAGUUUCUGACAGGAACGGGUCAUUACUGGACGAGCACAGAAUCGACUAUUACAAACACUACAUCAAUGAAGUCCUCAAAGCUAUUCAUCUAGACAAUGUUGAUGUACGUGGCUACACUGCCUGGUCAUUGAUGGAUAAUUUUGAGUGGGCGCGGGGAUACACUGAGAGAUUUGGCCUCCACUAUGUCAACUUCACUGAUCCAGAUCGACCAAGGACCCCCAAGGCGUCCGCCCAGUACUUCCGAAAACUUAUUCAAAACAAUGGCUUUAUCAAACCUCAACUUAAACCAGUUCCUUCUGCAGGAGAAAGUAAAUUUUACUAUGGAACAUUCCCGAAAGAUUUUGCCUGGAGCGCGGCGACAGCGGCGUACCAAGUUGAGGGUGCCUGGAAUGAAGACGGUAAAGGAUUAAGUAUCUGGGACACGUUCUCCCAUCAAGGUCACGUGGACAACAGUGACACGGGUGAUGUAGCAUGUGACAGUUACCACAAAUACCUAGAAGACGUGCAACUUCUCAAAGACAUGAAGGUGACACACUACCGUUUUUCCCUGUCGUGGCCCCGAAUAUUACCAGACGGUACAACGCGUCACGUGAAUCAGGCCGGAGUGGAUUACUACAACCAGCUGAUCGACGCCCUGUUGGACGCUGGGAUCACCCCAAUGGUCACACUGUAUCACUGGGACUUGCCUAAGGCUCUACAGGACCAAGGCGGAGGCUGGCUCAACGCCUCCACAGCUGAUGCCUUCGCUGCCUACGCAAGACUAUCCUUUCAAAAGUUUGGAGAUAGGGUGAAGACUUGGAUUACCCUAAACGAGCCAUGGGUUGUAUCAGUCCAGGGGUACGGGCAGGGUACCAAAGCCCCGGGUAUCGUCAGCCCCGGGGACAAGGUCUACAUCGCCGCCCACAAUCUGAUUAGGGCACACGGCAAGGCGUACAGGCUUUAUGAAAAGGAGUUCAAACAGAUACAACAUGGGAAGGUGGGAAUCACAUGUAACUGUGACUGGGAAGUACCCAAAAAUGAGAGUGUUCCGUCCGACAGAGAGGCAGCCGAGCGCGCGCUCCAGUUCCAUUUUGGAUGGUUUAUAAAUCCAGUGUUAAAUAACGGUGACUAUCCAGACGUCAUGAAAAUGCAGAUUGCGAAGAAAAGUGCUAAACAAAAAUUAAGACACAGUAGACUACCGGAAUUUACAACGGAGGAGAAAGACUACUUGAAAGGUGCAACUGAUUUUGUAGGUCUAAAUUUCUACACUUCCAACUUGGCUGAGAGCUUUAUUGACCCAUAUACCCUGCGUGAUUAUUAUGGAGACAUGGAUGUCAAGCUUUCUAAAGACCCGUCUUGGCUAGGCUCUGGGUCUUCCUGGUUGACGGUCACUCCGUUUGGAAUCCGCCGAAUGCUGAACUGGAUUAAAGAUCACUAUGGUGACGUUCCGGUUUAUGUGACAGAAAAUGGCGUCUCGGACAGAAACGGCUCCCUGUCUGAUGAUCAUAGAAUCUUUUACUACAAACACUACAUUAAUGAAGUUCUCAAGGCAAUUCGUCUAGACAACGUGGACGUACGAGGUUACACCGCAUGGUCCCUGAUGGACAAUUUUGAAUGGUCGCGGGGAUACUCCGAAAGGUUUGGUCUCCACUACGUGAACUUCUCUGACCCAGCGCGACCCAGGACACCCAAGGCCUCAGCCAGGUACUACCGACAGCUCAUCCAGGAUAACGGAUUCUUCAAUGGGAUAGACAGUGGACCGACGAGUUCACAUCCGAUUGAAAUGGUUCAGAAUAAAACUCUGCCAAAGGAGAAUGUCUUCGUGUACGGCCAAGUUCCGGAGGGGUUCGCCUGGGGCGUGUCAACUUCCGCGUAUCAAAUAGAGGGAGCCUGGAAUGAGGCCGGAAAAGGCGAUAGUAUCUGGGACGUUUUCACGCAUCAUCACACAUCUACCAACGAUACGGGCGACGUGGCGUGUGACAGCUACCACUACUGGCGGGAUGACGUCACGAUAUUAAAGAAGCUUCAGGUGACACAUUACCGAUUUUCCAUCUCCUGGCCACGUGUUUUGCCUACGGGAGCCGCCGACAACAUUAAUGAGGCGGGUCUUCAGUAUUACGACGACCUAAUCAAUGCCCUGGUGUAUGCCGGGAUAGCUCCAGUGGUGACUCUUUACCACUGGGACUUGCCUGAAUCCCUGAAUCAGACUGGUGGUUGGCUGAAUGAUGACGUCAUCGUCAAACAAUUUACAAGCUUCGCGGAACUGUGCUUCUCGCGAUUUGGUAAUCGGGUGAAGACCUGGAUUACAAUAUCUGAUCCCUACUCCAUAGCUGUGAAGGGAUACGGACUGGGGACGCUGGCCCCAGGGGAGGUGGGACAGAACGUGUACAUAGUAGGACACAACCUUCUGUUGGCACACGCUGCUGUCUACCAUCUGUACAGUCGGACAUACCAACCAUACCAGAAAGGGAAGUUGGGGAUAUCUCUCACUGCGCCAUGGGCACAGCCAAUGAACCAAUCAAAUCAACAGGAUAUAGAAGCCUCCGAGCGUGCGCUUCAGUUCAUGAUAGGCUGGUUCGCCAACCCGAUAUUCAAAGAUGGAAAUUAUCCAACGAUGAUGCAAACAUCCGUUCUUGAAAACAGUUUGAGGGAAAACCAACUUGACAGCAGACUUUCUGAAUUUUCCAUUCAGGAUCAGAUAAUGUUGAAAGGAUCUGCCGAUUUUCUUGGACUGAAUUAUUACAACUCUAUCGUGGUAAAAGAGAGUGAACAAACGUCACCAAAAUCCCUCUCUUAUUUCUCGGAUAUGAAUAUCGAUAUCAGUGCUGCCACCAUGUGGUCAAGUAGCACUAACGAGAGUACCUGGAAGCCAGAGGGACUUAGACGAAUACUAAACUGGCUCCACCAAUCAUAUUCCACCACGCCGAUCUACGUCACAGAAAAUGGAGUGUCGGACACGACAGGUACAAUGGAGGAUUCGGAGCGGGAGGACUUUCUUAGACAGCACACCAAUCAACUCAUUAAAGCUAUAACCUUGGACAAGGUCAAAGUUGAAGGUUACUUUGUCUGGUCAUUGAUGGACAAUUUUGACUGGGAAGAAGGAUUCUCUAAGAGAUAUGGACUGUACCACGUGAAUUUUCAGAAAGCAAAAAAGACGCGCACAGCUAAAAAAUCUGCAACCUUCUACAGGCAGCUCAUACAGGACAAUAGUUUCUAUGACAACAGGACAACAACUUCACAAACACCUUUGACUACAACUCCGAAAGUAGUGAAGCAAAACCAUGGUGUUUCCGGAACAAUAUCUACUCAUCAAACACCAUUCCUUCUCAUAAGUUUGAUUCUUGUAGGCUUCAAACUAAUCUAGAAUGAACAGCAUCCCAUAUGCCUUUCCAAAGGUCAUGUCAUCGGUGUAGAAACAUCAUAUUAAAUAUCAUACAAAAUUUCAAACUUUCAUACACGUUCUACGUUUCAUAUUAUACAGUGUUUUGCAUGGCAACAAUUAUCUUAGUAUAGCUAGCAUCAUAUAUUCAUUAUACGGUUAGUUUAUAAGGUAUUUAGGGAACGGUUUAAGGAUUCUGUUUGUAUUUUAAUCAUGGAAGAAAUCGAUUUCGACUAAUAAAGCAGUGAGCUGAAAUAUUUUUCUACAUUUUGUGCGUGCCAGUGUGUGGGGGAUGGGGGUCGGGUCUCCAGUAUAUUUCUGAUUACUGGAGGUUUGAGGGGUAGCGGGUAUUGAUUUCAUUACAUGUUCUCUUCAGCGAAUGAAUAUAAGUCAUUGGUUAAUCCAAAAAUUGGUAGACAGACAAUAUUUGAUACAUCCUCAUUAUUCUUUAUAUAAAAUUAAUAAUAAUGAUAAAACAAAAAACCAAAAAAAACCAGUGCUUUAUGUAUCUUUUCAAGAGGGUUUUAUUCUUUAUUAAAGUUCUGACAAAAAAAUAGUCAAAAUCAGGAAGUUAAGAGCUUCGUGGUCAAGUUAUAAAGGACUGGUCAUGAUCGAUAAAACUCAUAGUUUAUAACGUGUAUCGGUUGCUGUUCUUAUUUCUUAACUCUGAGUGUGCAUAUUGUAGUUACUGGUUCUAUUCAAAUAAGUUUUGCUGGAAUAGUUAUAAUAUAGUAGAUUUUUCUUUUGAAAUAAUGUAACUUAUUUGAAUUGUGCAAAUUUGAUAUGGACUUUUGAUUAUACAAACUUUAUAAAAUGGAUUGAAGGUAUGUUUCAAGAUGAAAAAUAAAAUAACAAAAAAAGA